CUACACGCGCUUUUUAUGUGGAAUAUUCUGGAGCCCACUAUUAGAAAUAUACUACGAUCACCUUGAAAAUUAAACACCAUAUGUCGCGUAUGCGUGAAUACGUAACCUAGUGCCGCAAUGUUCGCGUAUAUGUAUGUGAUUUAAAAUACGUGAUGUGAAUCGAAAGGUUCAGGGAGCAGAAGUGUUGGAUAAAAAUGUGAAAAUAGUUGCUCAUCUGUGUCAACAUGGAUUAUAGCGUAUCACCCGAAAACAAUCCUUGGGCUGAUCUGUCGACUGUUACCACAUUCGAUAGAGGAAACGACACAUGGACAACUUGUCGAAUGGAUGAUUGCAAGGAAGUACAAGCUGGUGGUCAAGUUGUUGGUAGGGUUUCUCCAUCUACCAGCCUACUCAUCGAAGCGCUUAUACAACAACUGUGCACACUCUUUGAGCAGGAUACUGUACGCAGGAAUAAAUUAUACUAUGCCAUUUGUGAUAAAUUACACGAAAUGAAGUUGAUUGAUGGUUCAUAUAACAUGGAAGAGCUGGAGUUAGUCAGAAGUCAAUAUCAGCGAGCACUAUUCCAUUUAGUUACUGUUGCAAGAGCUUCGACAGGUUCUGAAAGUGCCUUACAAGUACCAAGCUCUUUAAUGGCCGAAUGGUCCCGCUACAGACACGAGUUUGAGGAAAUUGGUUUUAUAUCUAAAGGUGGUUUUGGAAAUGUGUUUAAAGCUCGACAUCGACUAGAUGGAACUGAAUAUGCUAUAAAAAAGGUAGUAGUGCCAUCUUGCAGAGUGCAAAACAUCAUGCGGUAUCUUGAAGAAGUGAAAACAUUGGCUACCCUACAUCACCCUAAUAUUGUGCCGUACAAAGGUGCUUGGAUCGAGCAAACACUUCUAGCUCCAUUUGUUCAGAACGCAUCACCCGAACGUUCUGAUAAAUACGGCUUACAUAUAUCUGAGAAACUGUCCUGCAGCCGAAGUCGCAAAAAUCGUAAAAACAGCCAUACAAACUUUGGUUCCCAUUCUGAGGUGAAAAUAAAUUUAUCUAAAAGCAGGAAGACUGAUGGAAAAAUUAGCACAGGUCUGCGCAUCCCCAGUUUAUCAAAUUCUACAACAAAUAAUAUGGAUUGCAGAAUAUUGGACAGUGAAGUCGAUAUUAAUAUAUCAGAGAAAUCGUACUCCAGUGUUGUGUCAUUCAGAGGUGAUUAUGAAAGUAAUAAAAGCUGUCCAAAAGAAAGUAGCAAGAACCUCACAAUGGACAGUAAUUCAAAUGAUGAAGAGGCGAGUGAAGAUAGCGAAUCCUUUGAAGAAUCAGUUUCUGAACAUCAAAUAUGCCAGUACAAUUCGAAGAUGAACCAGAACCUUUAUACAUUGUAUAUACAAAUGGCACUCUGCGAGCGCACGUUACGGGAGUGGUUAGAUGAUAGAGUGGAACCUGUCUCUCAGCCCCUUGUCACUGUGAUUUUAACACAAAUUUUGUCUGGAUUGGAUUAUAUUCAUUCUCGUGGAGUAGUACACCAUGACAUAAAGCCAAGCAACAUUUUCAUAUCAACAACUGAUCAUCUUACGGUUCAAUUAGGAGAUUUUGGAUUGGCCUGUGCGUUGCAGAAAAAAAAUCAUCAUUCUGUAUUUGGUACACACAUGUAUGCUGCACCAGAACAAUUACGUGGCAAAUGCAAUCCCAAGAGUGACAUUUUUAGUUUGGGAAUCGUCCUUCUAGAACUUAUUAUGUUGAUGAAAACUCGAAUGGAACGCAGCAAGAUUAUUGGAGCAUUGCAUUCAGGCCAAAUCCCAGACACAGUGAAGAUUAAUCAUCCUAAAUGGGCCUUCAUACUUAGCCAAUUGGUUCAGAGGGAUCCAAAUGCACGGCCAACAACGAAACAACUUCUGCAAGAACUCAGUGAAGAUAAAGAUUUAAUGAUAGCUAAAUUAAGAAACGACAACAAUGAAAAAAGUAUUAUAAUUCAGAAGCAGCAAAGCAAAUUAGAACAGCAAGAAGCUGAAAUAGCAAGACUGAAGAAAUUACUCGAGAAUAGUUAGCAGUACUUAUCGGAAUAUCAAAUGUUGUGCCAUCAUGUCACCACGGGUGUUUACGUUGCAUACGACACCUACCGAAAGAAUAAUAACUUGUUUGUGGCGUAUUUGCUGUGUAGGCGUGCAGAACUUAAAAUAUUUUUCUAGCUACAAUAGAAUGAUUAUACCUAUUUCGUUUGAAAUGAAAUCUAAAUAAAUAAAUAACGAAAUAAAUCUAGACAGGAUACUGAAGAUAAGACUGCACACAAUGAUAAGCAUCAAUAUUUAUUGUUCAUGGUAUGGAGUUCCGUUCAAUAAAAAAUAGAAUCGUUUGUUAAUUAUUGAAUCA